AUGGAUAUACGUUCAAUACAUUUGGGUGGUCUAUUUCAUGCUGAAGAAGAAAUUCAAAUGACAUCUACAAUGCCCAAUUUCGUUGGUCAAAUGCAAGGUUUCACUUUCAAUGGAGAAAGAUAUAUAGACAUUGUGAAGAACCUUGGUCCUGAAUUAUCAGCAUUGCCAAGCGCUACAUUUAAAUUGACCGCACGUUUUGUAAACUCACCACCGGGAAAUCCUUACCAUGCAGCAACAUUUAGGUCCAAGCAUUCAUACGUUGGUCUACCAAUGCUGAAAGCAUAUUCAAGCAUAUCGGUAGACUUUCGUUUUAAAACUGUUGAACCCAAUGGUUUGUUGCUAUUUAACGGUGGACGACGUAAUGACUUUGUCUCAAUUGAACUCGUAAAUGGUCACAUACAUUACACGUUCGAUUUGGGCGAUGGGCCAAUCACAAUGCGUGAUAAGUCCCGUAUACAUAUGAACGACAAUCGUUGGCAUCAAGUAAGCAUAAGCAGACCAGGUCCUAAAACCCAUACGCUCACUGUAGAUGAUUCGUUUGAAAUCGUAACAUUAACUGGCAAUAGCAUGCAUUUGGAACUUGCCGGCAUACUUUAUAUAGGUGGUGUUUUUAAAGAUAUGUAUGCAAAACUACCGGCCUCGAUAUCCUCACGUUCCGGUUUUGAGGGUUGUUUAGCUUCUCUCGAUUUAGGCGAUACCUCACCAUCGCUGACUAGUGAUGCCGUAGUACCAAGUUCAUUGGUGGUGACUGGUUGUGAAGGGCCUACAAAGUGUAGUCAGAAUGCUUGCGCAAAUAGAGGUGUCUGUGUACAACAGUGGAAUGCUUAUGCGUGCGAAUGUGAUAUGACUUCCUACACUGGUCCUACUUGUUAUGAUGAAUCCAUUGCUUAUGAGUUUGGCAACAAUAAAGGCAUCAUACAGUACACAUUCCCUGAAAAUACGCAAGCUGAUACAGAAGAGGAUAACCUAGCCUUGGGUUUUAUCACAACAAAAUCUGAUGCUGUAUUGUUACGUAUCGAAAGCGCCACAACUCAAGACUAUAUGGAAUUGGAAAUAGUUGAAGGAAAUAUAUUUAUGGUUUAUAAUAUAGGUACUCGGGACUUACCGCUGGGUGAAAUUGGUACGAAAGUAAAUGACAACACAUAUCAUGUGGUACGCUUUACAAGAGUUGGUGGUAAUGGCACAUUACAAUUAGAUGAUUAUAAUGUGCAAACAUUAAGUCCACAGGGUCAUCAAUCAACUGUAUUUAAUACAAUGGCAAAUAUACAAGUCGGUGGAAAGUUUAGUCGAACUGGUCGUAAUCGUAUUGAUCGUCCUUUUGCUGGUGUUAUAGCCGGUUUAUCGGUGAACAAGUUACGCAUAUUGGACCUGGCUGUGGAGAGAGAUCCACAUAUAACUAUACGAGGAGAUGUUCAAUUGGUAACUGGAGUAUUAGAUAGAAAUGAUCUGCAAAGAAUGCAGCAGACACCUGCCAGUGGUUAUCCGGGUGCUAUAGAUGAUCUUAUAUUCUCUGGAGCCGGUUCUGGUUGUCGUGGCGAUGAUGAAGAUGAAUGUACACCACCCUUUGAAUCGGGCAGUGGUGAUGAUCUGAUAACUCCAGUUUAUGUGCCACCUACAAAACAGACUACAACCUCACAAAAUGUCAGUACUGAUAAGAAUAAUAAUGGCACCGAGCGGGCUUGUGAUGACGAGGAUUGUGUACAUGGAUCUGGAGACUACGGUGAGACAACUGAACAAUUUACAUCCACCAGUACAGCGAAGAUAAUAGAAACCAAUAAUGAAAUUAUAUCAACUACUGAUGGUUCAUCAAGACGUACUGAAGUUGCUGUUACUACAGAGCAACAACACACCACUAGCACUGCUGUUGCCAAAACAGAGUUGCAAACAAACACACCACGAGAGAUAGCUACCACAACUAGCGGCACCAUAUAUUCACCACGUCAAACAACAACACAAUUUUCCCCACCCACAACAACCACUCAACGUAUAACAACAACCACAACUACAACAACUACAACCACACAAGCAACACCACCACCAGAAAUACGUUCUACUGUCACAGAGCAUGAUACGACCACUUACGAUAUAGUACAUGUUUUCAGUGGUGGAAACGGUGACAAGCAUGGUGAAGAUGAAAAUUUAAAUAUUUAUAAUGGUGAACACACUUUGACACCGGAUGAACGCCCACUACCGCCAGCUAUACCACCAUAUGAACCAGAAUCUGGUGUGCCACCGUAUUAUCCAGCCAUACCGCCACCUCAACCACCAUAUGGCAAUAAUAAUUAUCGGCCAAAGGGUAAAGGUGGUCGCAUUAACUCGAUUGAAGAAGAACGUACUGCCAUGAUUAUUGGAAUUGUAGCUGGUAUUUUAAUAGCAGUCGUAUUAGUUUUCAUACUGGUGUUCUGGUUGAAAUCUUAUGGUGAUCGUGGUUACAAACCAGAGAGUGAAAAAGCUACUGCAUACGGUUCACACAACCCAAAUGCAGCAUUGCUGGGUUCUACUGGUUCAAAAGGUUCCUAUCCACGUCAGAGUCAUCAUCAGCAGUCAUCUCAACAAUCACUGACCAAUGGGCAUAAUAUGGGUAGUAGUGGUGGUAACGGUAGCAUGAUGGGUAACAUGGGCUACGGUGGUAUGGGUACUAGUAUGGCUGUUGGGAACGUAGAUGGUCGACCACAAAUGGCUGGUUUAGUGCAACCAAAGCCAAAGAAACGAGAUUCAAAAGAUGUCAAGGAGUGGUAUGUGUAAAUUGUAGAUUUGACCGCUAUAUAUAGGUCAUGUAC